GCCGCUGAUGGCGCAAAGUUCGCCCCCUCCCCCUUCUCCUAUGGCCUGCCCACGUCUACCAAAUCAACAAGUUUGUUUCGUCUAUUAUUGGAAUUCCAGCGACCGGAAUGUAAGUGAGAGAAGGGGAAAAGGAAAAUAGCGAGUAUAGAAACCGAGCAAUAUAUGCGGGCGCAUGCGUGAACGCAAUCACAAAAUAACUGAAAAUCAGCAUAGCAACCGAUUUCAAAGCAAAAAAAUUAGCUGCAAAAUAAUAUCAAGAUUUUUCGAACAAGCAAGUCUUUCAUCAUCAAUAUUAAUCGUAGAAACAGCAAUUUUUUUCGAGAUUGUUCGUUCGUGAAUCGGAAUCGGGAUACAGAGAGCCGAGAGAGUUAGAGAGUAGCCUACUAACCGUGUGACGUCACGCGAUGUCAGUCUGCGUAAUUUAUAUCCACUGCAGUAAAUAAGCUGUGCGGAAAUCCACGUGAAAAAUGACGUUUGUAGUUGUUUUGUUUUUGGUGGUCUUGUCUUCUCUUUCAUUAUUUUUGUUUUUAAAAAGGAUUAUCCUGAAGAAAAAACUCAAUCUGAAAAAUCGGUUAAACGAUAAAGUCGUUAUUGGUAUUUUUCAUCCUUACUGCAAUGCCGGUGGUGGAGGAGAGCGAGUUCUCUGGUGUGCAGUUCGAGCCAUUCAGUCACAAUAUCCGGAUGCGUAUAUUGCUGUCUAUACUGGAGAUUGUAUACCAUCAGAAGAAUUACUACAGAAUGCAUUUCAAAAAUUUAAUGUCAGGAUACAGAAUAAUAAUAUUGAGUUUAUUACCCUUCAUAAGCGUGGUUGGGUUGAAGCUAAAAGAUAUCCCCACUUCACUUUACUUGGACAAAGUAUAGGAUCACUAGUUCUGGGAGCUGAAGCCAUCUUUAAACUAGUUCCAGACAUAUUUAUUGACACCAUGGGAUAUUCAUUUACAUUCCCUUUAUUCCGAGUGCUGGGUGGAUGCACAGUUGCAUGCUACGUGCAUUACCCUACCAUCAGUACUGACAUGUUGGGACAAGUUUCAAGACGUACUGCAGCUUUCAACAACAACUCUUUCAUUUCCUCAAGCCCCAUUCUAAGUCUAGCAAAAACAAUUUACUACAGAUUAUUUGCUUAUAUCUAUGGGAUCACUGGACGGUAUGCAAAUGCUAUUAUGGUCAACUCAAGCUGGACUGAAGAUCACAUCAACCAAAUUUGGAAUGUCCCUCUCAAAACAAUCAAGGUUUACCCACCUUGUGAUGUUAAGGAAUUUCUUGAAAUACCAGUUGAAUCCGACCCGGAAACUCUUCGAAUCAUUGCUGUGGCUCAGUUUCGACCAGAGAAAGACCAUCCACUUAUGAUCCGCUCCUUCUACAAGCUAAUGGAUAUUCUAACAGACGAAGAAAAAUCACGAAUUAAACUAGUACUAGUUGGAUCUUGUCGAAAUGAGGAAGAUCAGCAACGCGUAGAAGACUAUAAAAGAUUAAGCAAGCAUUUUAAUUUAGAAAACCACACAGAAUUUUAUAUCAAUGUAGAAUUCGAUGAAUUAAAACACCUGCUUGGAGAAUCAACUAUUGGACUUCAUACCAUGUGGAAUGAACAUUUUGGAAUAAGUAUCGUGGAAUGUAUGGCUUCUGGCUUGAUAAUGGUUGCUCACAAAUCUGGAGGACCCAUGAUGGAUAUAAUAAUACAUAGCAAAGGAUCUCAACCGAUCGGAUUUUUAGCAUCAGAUGAGAUAGAGUAUGCUGACAUUUUACGCCACAUCAUACGUAUGGAGCCAAAAAAGAGAGAACUAAUCAGAGAAGCUGCAAGAAAUUCUGUUGCAAGAUUUUCAGACGAUUCUUUUGAGAAGGAAUUUUUGAAAGUACUUGUCCCCAUAAUGGAUUGUAUCAAGAAAGAUUAAUUCUUCAAUAAAAAAAUACACAAAUUAUGAAUCCUACAAAUGCCGCCGUUAUCAAUAUUCAAUUUGUCCAGUCCCUAAGGUUUGUACCAUUAAAUGAUUUCGCGCCUUUUUGGUAACUAGCGCCGUUGCUUUGAUGUGGUGUAUCUGAAAGCAUACAAUCCUCUUGACAGAGAGCAAGCAAGAACUUCUUUAAAUUUUAUCGUUUUGAAAUACGUUAAGUUGUAACUUGUAAGAAUAAGUAAGUGAGUGCGAGUUAAAUUUCUCACCUAAAAAUAUAUUAAUCAAAUGUCUAUUCUACCCUCUGCACAAAAGAAAAGUGCUCUUGACGUCAGUUCUGUUCGAUGUCAAAAAUGUCUAGAAAUGGGUCAUUGGACUUAUGAAUGUAAAGGAAAGCGAAAACAUGUUGACAGACCAACAAGAACUGACCAACUGAAAAAAUCUAUAAAGCAAAUUGAGACAGGAACAUACGAGGAAAAGCCUGAUCUUAACAAG